AUGGCCCCCGAUAAGAAAAUUUCCAAGCGCAAAGGCGCACCUGUCGCCGCCGACUCUCCCGCUAAAAAAACCAAGAAGGCCGAGGCCAAGACCGAAGCACCAAAGGAGGAUGUUCCUAAGUCUGCUCUGAAGAAGAAGGAGACUGCGAAGCCCAAGGCUGAGAAGGCUGCUGCCCCAGCUAAGGCUCAGCCAGAGUCCACUCGUCAGAUGCGGCCUCGCAAGCGCGCUGCCGAUUUCCUCACUGACGAGGAGGUCGAGGCCCCUGCUGCUGCUAAGGCUGACAAGAAGGCCGAGAAGAAGACUGCCGAGAAGCCUGCUGAGAAGCCUGCUGCUAAGAAGUCUAAGAAGGAGGAGACCAAGGCUUCUCCCGCUGCUAAGAAGGCCGCCCCCAAGAAGGCUGCUGCUAAAAAGACCGAGAAGAAGCCCGAGCCCGUUGAGUCCGAAGAUGAAGAGGACAACGAGGUCCCCACCGCUAUCGUCGAAAGCGAGUCCGAGGGCGAGGAUGACCAGACUGCCGACCUCAUCAAGGGCUUUGAGAGCAGUGAUGAUGAAGAUGAAUCUGGCGAAGGUUACAAAGAGGGCGAGCCCAUCCCCAAGGCUCCUGACACCAAGAAGGCUGAGCGCAAGCUCGCCAAGGCUGCGGCUAAGCAGCUGAAGAAGAACGGUCCUCCUGAGGAGCCCGGCACUGUCUACAUUGGACGCAUUCCCCACGGUUUCUACGAGCACCAGAUGAAGGCCUACUUCUCCCAAUUCGGUGAAAUCACCCAGCUCCGUCUCUCUCGCAACCGUCAAACCGGUCGCUCCAAGCACUACGCCUUCAUUGAAUUCUCUUCGACCACCGUUGCCAAGAUCGUCGCCGAUACCAUGGACAACUACCUCAUGUACGGCCACAUCGUCAAGUGCAAGUACGUUCCCAAGGAGCAGCUCCACCCUGAGGUCUGGCGUGGCGCCAACCGCCGCUUCAAGGUGACUCCCUGGAACCGCAUUGAGAAGAAGCGUCUCGAGAAGGGCAAGACCCGUGAGCAAUGGACCAAGCGCAUUGAGAGCGAGCAAAAGAAGCGAUUGGCCAAGGCCAAGAAGCUCGAAGCUCUCGGCUACCAGAUCGAUCUUCCUCAGCUGAAGAGUGUCGAUGAUGUCCCUGUCCAGGAGGUCCCCAAGGCUGUUGAGGGCGAGACCGAGACUGCUGAGGCUAUUGAGCCUGCCGUUGAGGAGCCCAAGGCUGUCGAGGCUGCCCCUACUGAUGAUACCCCCAAGAAGACCAAGAAGGGCAAGAAGGCCGAAGAAAAGGAAGUUGUUGAGUCACCAGCUGCCAAAUCUCCUGCCGCUAAGAAGGGCAAGGUUACCAAGAAGGCUGCUAAGAAGGUCAAGGCCUAG